UCAAACUCAGAGAAAAAUGAAGAGUUCUCUAGUUCUCUUACUUAACCUCUUGUUCCUUUUAUCAUUUUCCUCAGCCGAGCAAUGUGGGCGACAAGCAGGAGGUGCUCUCUGCCCCAAUGGUCUAUGCUGCAGCGAGUACGGAUGGUGCGGUUCCACCGAAGCUUACUGUAAGCUGCCUGGCUGCCAAAGCCAGUGCACUCCCACUGGUCCUCCUCCUCCCCCUCCUCCUCCUCCUGGUCCUCCUCCUCCUGAUCCCACUGGCGGUCUUACUGAUAUCAUUACAAAAUCUCAGUUCGAUGAAAUGCUUAAACAUAGGAACGAUGCCGCUUGUCCCGCUAGAGGUUUCUACACUUACGAUGCUUUUAUCGCCGCCGCUAAAUAUUUCCCCAGCUUCUGCAACAAUGGAGACACUGCCGCAAGGAAGAAAGAGCUCGCCGCCUUCUUUGGUCAGACUUCCCACGAAACCACCGGUGGGUGGCCAGCAGCACCAGACGGACCAUAUGCAUGGGGAUACUGUUUCAAGGAAGAGGUGAAUCCUUCUUCAGACUACUGUUCACCGAGUGGAACGUGGCCAUGCGCACCUGGCAAACGUUACUACGGAAGAGGACCGAUGCAGCUGUCGUGGAACUACAACUACGGACAGUGUGGAGCAGCCCUUAGAGAGGACUUACUCAACAACCCUGACCUUGUCUCCAACCAGGCAGUGAUGGCUUUCAAAGCCGCGAUUUGGUUCUGGAUGACUCCUCAGUCCCCUAAGCCGUCGUGCCACGCCGUUAUCAACGGUGAAUGGCAGCCUUCAGACGCCGACAUUGCUGCCGGGAGAUUACCUGGUUACGGUGUGACUACGAAUAUCAUUAACGGUGGGUUGGAAUGUGGACAUGGCCCAGACUCGAGAGUUCUCGAUAGGAUUGGGUUUUAUGAGAGGUACUGUGGUAUCUUUGGAGUGGAUCCUGGAAGUAACCUUGAUUGUUACAACCAAAGGUCCUUUGCUUCUGUUAACUCCUUCCUCGACGCUGCUAUGUAAUAAGCAGCUGCUUUGUAUCCGAAAACAAUAAGGGAAUACCCAACUAAAUAAAACUCUUAUUCUGUCGUAUCUUUUCUCCAUCUCAUGUUUGAUUUAUGGGAGACUGAUAUGCUGGAACGAGACAAAAUAUCUUUUCUUCAUCUCAAUGUGGUACUCAAAACAAAACCUAAAACCUAUAAACAU